AAUAGUAUUGAGAACUCUCCCAGAACACAGUAGUUAUAGUGGAAAAUGUGCUGUCCUUUAUUUCGGCUCAGUGUCAUAGAAGACUGAAGCUUCUAGAUUGGCCCAACUAAUGUCUACAGCAAAACAGGGGAGCUAGAACUGUCGACAAUAAAGGAUUCUCAACGGUUGGAGAAGUGACUGCGAGGUUGUAAGGUCCAGCAGUAGCAGCCAGCCGGGGCUAGCCAAGCGUUUCCUGGCUUUGAUGCGACUCGAUUGUGCCUGGAGUAUGUCCACAGCGGGCCUGACUGCCCAGGAGAUCUGUUUACCCACAGACAGCCCCUUCCUGCGGGCUAGUCACUGUCUCAGCAUGGCUGGAGCCAAGCCCUCAUGGAGCCACCACCAUGAGCUGGACAAUUUGUACUUCAGUAUGGAUGCAGCACCCACGGAAUACAACUUCCAAUUUCAGCAGCAGGUGCCACCAUCGCUCAAUUCUGAGAGACAGAAACAUAGCCCUGGUGCACAGCGGUUACCCUCAAAGAAGUCCCGUCCCACCCAUCUGUCCCUGUCAUCCAGCGCUGAGCCCUCCACACCUAGCCCUGCUGAGGAUGACCAGGUGGUCCCAUCCUUCCAGAGGUUGUCUGUGUACGAACGCUGCAGUCCCCCACACACACCUAGCCGGGGGGCCAAGCCCCUGCCCCCUCUCCCUGGGCGGGGAGACCUUUCCCCUGACCAGGCCAUGGACAAUGAGGUGGAGUUCUUCACCAGUUCAGAUGAUAGCUGUUGCUUGGUUCCUGAGCAGUGUCCCCCUAAACCCUCUGCCUCCCGCUACGGAGCCCCCAGCCGCAGGAGUUUCCGGCACUGUGGACAGAUUAACUAUGCCUACUUUGAGGGGCCAGUGGGGCAGCAGAGACCACAGGAACGGCAGGAGCAGCAGCGGAUACAGGCGCAGCAGCGACAACAGGAGCAACAUCAAAGAUUGGAGCAGGUAGAGCAACAGCCAUUGGAGCAACCACUGUAUCCCAGACAGCAGGACCGAGCCCAGAGGAAACUGCGGCGCUCUCAUUCCGGCCCUGCUGGCUCCUUCAACAAGCCCACGUCGCUGCGCCUGCCCUGUCACCACCGCCACACUCAGGGCAUGGACAAACCAGAGGUGCCCCCCCGCGUGCCCAUCCCCCCACGGCCCAUCAAGACUGCAGACUACCGCCGCUGGUCAGCUGAGGUGUCCUCUGGGGCCUACAGUGAUGAGGACAAGCCCCCGAAGGUUCCCCCAAGGGACCCUUUGUUGUCUCAAGGCAGCUCCCGUACCCCAAGCCCCAAGAGCCUCCCCUCAUACCUCAACGGUGUUAUGCCUCCCACGCAGAGCUUUGCCCCAGACCCUAAGUACGUGAGGCGAGGUUUACAGAGGCAGAACAGCGAGGGGUCUCCCUGCAUCCUGCCGGUCAUGGAGAACGGCAUGAAGGCCAGCACCACCCACUACUUCCUGCUUCCACAGAGGCCUGCCUACCUAGACAAACCUUACUUGGAGAAGUUCAUCCGGGAUAUGGACUGCCCGGCAGGUCGCAGUAGAGGGGCUUCAGACCCAGAGUGGGAUUGUCAGACGAGGAGGAAAGCACAGGUGGAUUUAGUUUGAGCUGGAGGAGACAAGUUAGGGAAGGCCUCCACUGGACACGAGCAAACAACCUCUGGGCACAAAGUGCCUCAGGACACUGAAUCCUUCAAACAUUUACUGCUGCUUUGACACUGACGACGUUGGUAGUUUUACCUCAGUAUUCUAAAAACAUAGGGUUUUUGAUAUACCAUUUAGAGUUACUGGGACAUUUGGAAUUGCAAUCAAAACACAUGAGCUAAAUGUCUAACUAUUGUGUGUGUUUGGGGGGGGGGGUGAUAUUUAACCAUUUUAGAGUGAUUAUUUUUUUAAUAUGAUUUGUCAGUACAUUAUGUAAAUGUUUUGCUGAUACAGUGGUUCAGUUUUAGGGUAUAAGCAGGACUUGUGCCUCCAUGUUCUCAGUGUUGUGUGUCUCACAGGUAGAGGACAUUUUGUGGAGUUGUAUAUUGUGUUUUGAUAUUGCUUAUGUGUCUCAGAACUUAGGGACAAAGGGUCAGUAAAGCAAUUAUUACCUUGUGUUGCAUCUAUGAAGUCUAAAGAUCCCAAUGUAUUUAAACACUUUAAAUGAAGGAUUCCCCAACUUAACUCCUAUUUUGUAUAAGCAUAAAAAUAGGAAUGCACAUGUCCUGCCUUGUUGAUAUUUCAGUCUUAAUCAGACCACUAUGUUUUGGAUGGCAGUGUGUUUCUGUUUCCCUCACUGGACGUACAACUCUGUACCAGUGGGGGCUGUGGACUAUUGGUAUGCCUGUAUCCAGUGGGAUGUCUAGGGCAGCUUAAGCGUGUGUGUACGUGGUGCAAGUGUGUUUGUUUUCUCUACUGUUUUUGUGUGACGUUUCUACCAUAUUGUAGAAAAUUUGGUUAACAAUAUUUGUUACUGUUCUCUGCCUGUUUUUCAUCACUGCUUCCAAAUACAUGGUUGCAAAGUGUAUCCUCCCUAACCCCUAUAUUACUUUCAUUCUCUGGAAUUUCUUUGUUGAACAUAUGUGAAUGUAUGCUUCUCUCAACUGAAUUGUAUCAAACUGUAUGGGGAGCUCAGUAGUUGGUCAAGCUGUGAGUCAAUGUGUGGAACUAACUUCCUUCAAUACAACCCCUCAGAAUGCAGGGUAGCCUAGUGGUUAGAGUGUUGGUCUAGUAACCGGAAGGUUGCAAGUUCAAACCCCUGAGCUGACAAGGUACAAAUCUGUCGUUCUGCCCCUGAACAGGCAGUUAACCCACUGUACCUAGGCCCUCAUUGAAAAUAAGAAUUUGUUCUUAACUGACUUGCCUGGUUAACUGAAGGUAAAAAAAAAAAAAAUCAAUAUAUUACCCAACAUUUUGUGGACUAUAAUCCUAAAAGAAUUAGAAUUGAAGAAUAAAUUAUAACUGAAACAUUGCCAAAUAUUUCUCAAUCCCUUAUGACAAUCAAACCACUACUUUACUCAGUCAAUAUACCACGUUUUAGAAUUUUAAACACAAUCAGACCUUUCAUUAUAUAUAUACACAAGUGAUCAUGGAUCACAGGGAUGUUGGGCACACGUGAUAACAUAGACCUAUAUUAUGCAGGCUGUGUGGGGCUUACCUACCUGACACAGACUUUCCUGUUCUGCUUGUGCAUUCCUGCCUGACGUGACUGCAGUGGGUGUAGUCCAGAGACUUUGGCUGCUGGCGGCCAGGAAACAAUAUAGAUUUUAUUGUUAUAGAUUAUUCAAGAUCCAUCGUGAUGACAUAGUAAAUGUAGCAAGUGUGUGGAAGUAAUCCUGGAUAUAAAACACCGUGUUCCAAUCCAUAUCAGAUUAGCUCUAAAGUCAAAUGGUCACUUCAGUACAUUUUCCCUCCAGGGAAAAGUGAAAAAACCGAGAAGAGGCCAUGUUUUUUUAUAUUUAAUGUAUAAGAAAUUGUUUACAUUGUACACUGUUAUUUAACCUUAACCUAUUCCCAUGUCUUAUCGGAAACAAUGAAAUCAAAUGAAGACUUUAGUUCAUUGAGAAUUUACAUUAUCUGCUGUGGUGAAACAAAUGCACUGGGAGUAAAGAACUGUAUGCUGUGUCACAGUAUUUAACAUAAUUCCAGUUGUCAUUGUGAAUAGUUGAUCAAUGUAUCGGUCUUUAAAGGAGAAAAUAAAAUGACUUAUUUAUGAA